AUGAAAUGGGAAUGCAAGGGAUGGAUAGGGCUGUGGCUGUGGACGGUAGUGUUGCUAGCGCUUUGCCCACUUCUUCUAACUCAGAAAAUCGGUGAUCCGUAUAAGAUUCUUGGGAUACACCGAAAGGCUAGUCUGACUGAAAUACGAAAAGCUUACAGACAAUUAGCUAAAGAAUGGCACCCAGACAAAAAUGUAGAUCCAAAUGCAGAAACCCGUUUUGUAGAGAUCAAGCAAGCUUAUGAACUAUUAUCUGACUCUGAAAGGCGUCAGGCUUAUGAUUCCUUUGGUAUUACAAACGAAGAUGACCAUCUUUACAAGCCAAGACAUGAUUAUAGCACAUAUGCAAGAUAUAGCAACGAUCCUUUUGAAGAGCUCUUUGGCGCACAUUUCCGAACACAGGACCAAGACAUUACAUUAUUUCACAAACUUUCAGUCACUGCGCGCCACUUCGAAAACAACAUCGUAGAAAAAAGCAUACACACUCCAGCGCUGGUUCUAUUCUACACUGAUUGGUGUUUCGACUGCGUUCGAUCAGCGGCCGCAUGGCGUCGGCUUGUUGAAGCGCUGCAGCCGCUGGGUGUUACCAUGGCUACCGUACAUGCAGGACACGAGGCCAGCCUCGCUAGACGAGUUGGGGUCCACGGAGUACCCUGCUUGACCUUCGUGUUGGAUAAACAUGUCUAUAUAUAUAAAGAGGGGCUCGCAAGCUUGCCUAAGAUACUUGAAUUCAUACGUUGGAAGUUCCCCUACAAGUUGGUGAGCGCCAUCGGAGACAGUAACGUGGAUGGUUUCGUGUCAGAUUUCGAAGACAACAAGGUGAAAGCGCUGAUCUUCGAGGAGCGCCAGAACAUACGCCUCAGAUACCUCAUCACUGCAUUCCAUUAUAGAGAUAGAGUCGCAUUCGGCUUCGUAGACAUGCGUUUACGCGACUCUCACAACGUGACCGGACGGUACAAGGUUCAGCGUCACAUGGACACAAUGGUGCUCCUCAAGGAAGACAGCUCAGAACCCGCAGCCACCGUGAGCACGAACGAGAUCCCAACGCAGACGUUGCAUCAGCUCAUUGAUAGUAACCAGAUGUUGACAUUGCCGAGGCUCUCCUCACAGAGCGUGCUGGAGAGCGUGUGCCCGGUGGAGUGGCGCGCGGCGCGGCGCAGGCUGUGCUGCGUGCUCGUGUGCGGCGGCGGCGCGGCCGGGGACGCGGCGCGCCGGGCUCUGCGCCAGCUGGCUCGAGCUCCGCCUGAACGACUGCACUACGCUUACGUGUACGCGCACAAGCAGCCGGACUUCAUACACGCGCUCGCUAACGGAUCUGGUAGCGAUAUAUCAGAAAUGGAACACCGCAUCGUUAUUAUCUGGCGUCGGGAACCCACUCGCAUCCAGUACGAAUGGCUCAAUGAAACAUGGCCGACGUGCACUCACGCACACUGCGUGAACGACCAUUUACCAGCAGACCCUGCCAUCAGGGCGGAGCUAUUGAAGUACCAUGAAAGACUAAAUGAAACCAAACGGGCGCUCGAUCAGUUGAUUAAAAGGUUGCUGAAACCAACUGAGGUUAUGGCGUACGAAGCACAUGUACAGGAGCUGCUGGACGAGGCGGCGCUGGGCGCGGUCCGUCGCGCGUGGCGCACGCUGCGCGAGUGGGCCGAGCGCGGCGCCGCGGCCCUGCACACGCAGCGCGCCGUGUCCGCGCUCUCCGUGCUCGCCACCGUCGCGCUCGUGCUGGGCGCCGGCUACCUCAUGGCCUACCUCAUACGAGUAGAAGAAGAAUCAGUGCAGCGGCAAAAGGAAGAGAGAAAAAAACAGAACGGCUCUGGAAAAAAAAACAAUAAUGAAAUCCAGUCGGAGCUUCGUCUCCACGAGCUGCGGGCUGAGAAGUACAAUGGACUGGUCCGGCUGUUGAAACCUGGUUGUCGAACCAUCGUGUUGCUGGUUGAUAUGCAGAGCCGGGUGCAACUGCUAUCCAAGUUUCAUAAAAUUGUGUGGCCUUAUCGCAAGAACAAGACGCUGCUGUUCGCGUACCUGUGCGUGGAGCGCAACAUCGUGUGGUUCCGGCGCGUGCUGCAGCUGUCGCUGGGCGGCGGCGAGCUGCGGCUCAACGCGCGCAACUGCGUGGGCACGGUGCUGGCGCUCAACCCGCACCGCAAGUACUUCUGCAUCUACCACGCCAAGCACCCCGAGUGCGCCAAGCCGCACAAGCGCAUGAGUCGCAUGACGCGAUCGCUAGGCGAGAGUGGAAUGGGUGAUCCCGAGGCGGGUGCGUUCAUCGGCUUCCACACCGAGCCUGACUCUUCCUCAGCUGAUGAGUCACCUGAUCCUCCUGUGCUCAUGCAAGAGAAUCUUCUAGAUGGCCUAGAGAACUGGCUGGACCGCUUGUUCGAGGGCUCGACCCACCGAUAUUACAUCAACUACUGGCCCGACAUGACCACCAAGUGA